CCGGGUGCAUUUACCCGUGGGAGGGGACGCAGAACAGCAUCGGGCUCGGACCGAUGGCUGCGUGGGGUCUCUGCAGACCCCCCCUGAGUCCCUGGGCUGCCCCGCUGCUUGCGCCUGCUUUGCAGCACCCGCAGGGCUCCGUCCAAACCCUGCCGAGCCCCGAGCUCCUCAUCUCUGCGACACGUUGGGUUCUAAACUUUGAUCCCGGCUUUGCUUUCUCCCCGCGUGCCGCUGCCCCGCGCAGGUUUUACUGGGACCUCAUCAUGCUGCUCCUGAUGGUGGGCAACCUGAUCAUCCUGCCCGUGGGCAUCACCUUCUUCAAGGACGAGAACACCCCUCCCUGGAUCGUUUUCAACGUCCUGUCGGACACUUUCUUCCUGGCCGACCUGGUCCUGAACUUCCGGACGGGCAUCGUGGUGGAGGACAACACGGAGAUCAUCCUGGACCCCCACACCAUCAAAAUGAAAUACCUGAAGAGCUGGUUCCUGGUCGACUUCAUCUCCUCCAUCCCCGUCGAUUACAUCUUCCUCAUCGUCGACCUGGAGACGCAGGUGGACUCCGACGUCUACAAGACGGCGCGAGCGCUGCGCAUCGUCCGCUUCACCAAAAUCCUCAGCCUGCUGCGCCUGCUGCGGCUCUCGCGCCUCAUCCGCUACAUCCACCAGUGGGAGGAGAUCUUCCACAUGACUUACGACCUGGCCAGCGCCGUGGUGAGAAUCUUCAACCUCAUCGGCAUGAUGCUGCUGCUGUGCCACUGGGACGGCUGCCUGCAGUUCCUGGUGCCGAUGCUGCAAGAUUUCCCCGAGGAUUGCUGGGUGUCCAUGAACCGCAUGGUGAACGACUCCUGGGGGAAGCAGUACUCGCACGCCCUGUUCAAGGCCAUGAGCCACAUGCUGUGCAUCGGCUACGGCCGCCAGGCGCCCGAGGGGAUGACCGACGUCUGGCUGACGAUGCUGAGCAUGAUCGUGGGGGCCACCUGCUACGCCAUGUUCAUCGGCCACGCCACCGCCCUCAUCCAAUCGCUGGACUCGUCCCGCCGCCAGUACCAGGAGAAGUACAAGCAGGUGGAGCAGUACAUGUCCUUCCACAAGCUGCCCGGGGACACCCGCCAGCGCAUCCACGAGUACUACGAGCACCGCUACCAAGGCAAGAUGUUCGACGAGGAGAACAUCCUGGGGGAGCUCAGCGAGCCGCUCAAAGAGGAGAUCAUCAACUUCAACUGCCGCAACCUGGUGGCCAACAUGCCGCUGUUCGCCAACGCCGACCCCAACUUCGUGACCGCCAUGCUGACCAAGCUGCGCUUCGAGGUCUUCCAGCCCGGGGACUUCAUCAUCCGCGAGGGCACCGUGGGCAAAAAGAUGUAUUUCAUCCAGCACGGGGUGGUCAGCAUCCUCACCAAGGGCAGCAAGGAGACCAAGCUGUCCGACGGCUCCUACUUUGGGGAGAUCUGCCUGCUGACGCGGGGCAGGCGGACGGCCAGCGUGCGAGCCGACACCUACUGCCGCCUCUACUCCUUGUCGGUGGACAACUUCAACGAGGUGCUGGAGGAGUACCCCAUGAUGCGCCGAGCCUUCGAGACGGUGGCCAUGGACCGGCUGGACCGCAUUGGCAAGAAGAACUCCAUCCUGCUCCGCAAGCGCGCCGAGCACAGCGCGGGGCCCAUGAACACCGAGAUGAUCCAGCAGAUCGUGAAGCACGACCAGGACGUGGCCCACAACAUCCAGGAGCUGCAGCAGAUGACGCUGGGCCGGGAGCUGAGCGGCAAGCCCGUCAUCUGGGAGCCGCUGGUGCACGCGCCGCUGCAGACGGCCGCCGCCACCACCAACGUGGCCAUCGCCCUGACGCACCAGCACAGCCUGCAGGCCCACAUCUUCCUGCCGCCCUCCUCCAUCUCCAGCCCGCUCUCCCCCGAGGCCACGCUGCUGACCAAGCCGGUGCGCCGGUCCCAGCCCAGCCUGGGGGGCUCGCGGCCCUCCUCCGUCAGCUCGCCCUCGGGGGCACCGUCCCACCUGCAGACGCCCGCCGCCGCCUCGCCGUCCUCGCCCAUGCUGCAGUCCCAGGUGCCCCUGGAAAGCGGUGCCCAGCGGCCGAGCCACGGGGCGCAGGGCCCCCCACGCGUGGGGCAGAAGGGGGAGAUGACGGCCAAGCAGCCCCUGGCGGCGGCGGCGGGACCCCAACCCCAGCUCUCCAAGUCCCGCGGCGCUUCGGUUUCCACCUCUCUGCUGCAGCAGGCGGCGGGGGCCCCGUCCCCGAGCUCGGAGCAGGCGGUGCCGGCGGGGAGAACUCUCCACUACAGCCUGUCCCGAGCCACCGGCUCCCACAUCUCGCUCCUGAUGCAGCCGCAGCAGUUGGUGAAGCACCGGAGCAUCCAGGGGCUGCCUGUCGGGCGGCUCACGCAGGACGUCCGCCUCCUCUCGGCCUCGCAGCCCUCCCUGCCCAAUAAAGUCGCCCAGCAAGCAGACGGGAGCUCCUUGCAGCAGGGCAGGAAAUCCGCGGGGAACCUGGCCCGCAGGUCCUCUCCCUCGGUCGCCGGACUCCUCGCCAAGCCGGCUCCGGGGGUCCCGCACCCGCAGCAGAUGCCUUCGGGUUCUCCAGCGCAGCCGAACCGCCCCGCGGCCGCAGCGCCCACCCCGCAGUCCCCGGUGUCGGCGCCCCGCCAGGCGGCAGCUCCCUCCCGUAAGGGCUCCGUGGCCUUCAGCCCUGAGGUGGAAACGGGGAAACCCAAACUGCCGUCCAACAUGUGAGCCCCCGGCGACAUCCGUGGGAGCAGAGCACGUGGCCGAGGCCCGGCGGCGUCGGAGGGACGGCGAGGUGAGCGGGAGGGCACGGGGGGAGCGGGAGCGGUGGGUUUGGGGCUGGCGGAGUGAGGAGGGGGCUCUCCGGUGGGGCUCCGCCUUUGCUCCAUCGCUGCCCCUCGAGACCUGUCCUCCUGCAGGGAGCAGCCCCCACCCCAAAUCCUCUGCGGGGUCCCAGUUGCCCGCAGCUUCUCCCUCAGGGCCGGGCCCCUCCGCGCUUUGCCCCGCCCCCAGGGCUGGGGUGACCCCCGGCCCACGCGUCCCCUCCUCCAGCCCCACGGACCUGCCCGGCGCUUCGGCUGUUUGGGACGGGAGGGAGAGGGGCCGAGGGCAGAGGGGAUCGGAGCCCACCGCCCGGCGGGCAGGGAGCAGUGCCUGGGGCCAGGCAGGGCCGGGACCCCCCCGACACAUCGGGACUCCGUGCCGGGAGCUGGCAGUCCCGGAGCGGCGCAGCGCCGAGCCGGGGGGAGGCGGCUCUCCCCGGUUGCCUCUCCUCGGCUCCGCGGUGCCGUGGGGGCCCGGGAUGCGGCGGGACGCACCGAGCCCCACAUCCCGGUGGGAGCAGCGCGGGGGCGACCGCCGCCCUCUCCCCCCCCCCCCCCCUCCACCCACCAAACCGAGCCAGUAGUCAGCAGCAGUGUGUGUGAGUCGUGGCUCCGCCGAGCAGCUGAGCUCCGCUUCGUGUCGCUUUGGGCUCCGCCGUGUUCGCAGUCCCGGUUAGAGUAGUGUUCCCCGUCCCCCCCCCGCGCUGCUUUCCGCUGCAGGACCCGUGGCUUGUAGUGCGCUCCGGGGCUCGGCUGCCGCUGAGCGGCCCCCACGCAGCGGGCGAGGGUCGCGCUCCGUGCGGUCCCCCUGCAAAGGGAAUCCUCCCGUCCCCCCCCCGCCGCGUUUGGGAUGCGAUGUGAGGACCGCUGGGGCCACGCACGUAGCGGUCGGAGGGGACGUCCAACACUGCCUUUUUUUCACGGACUUGAAACCCCCUUCC